GUUCAGUACAAGUUGGACGUGGGAAGCGACUGGAAUACCAUUGACAGUCUCUUCACCGGCGUGUCCCUCCCUGAUGAGAAGUCGCGAGUCUUCUUUACUUCUCCUGUCAAGGCCCGAUUCAUCCGACUUACCCACUUCAAGUUUCACCACUACGCUUGCAUGCGCUCUGCGGUGAUCAUCUGCAACUCGGUGGCUGCUAACGAGAUGAACCUCGUGGAGUCAAGCACCUGCCCUUCAACCUUGCGGGUGGAGCAGUGGCCGGACACGGAUCCAGAGA